AUGAAAGGGUUUCAGCUUCAUGUCGUUGUUGCCAUCUUGGCAUUGGCAUUCUCCUUCGCCUCUGGCUAUGAUCCUAGUCCUCUUCAAGACUUCUGUGUAGCCAUUGAUGAGCCCAAGGAUGCUGUGUUUGUGAAUGGUAAAUUCUGCAAGAACCCAAUGGAUGUAAGAGCAGAAGACUUCUCUUUUUCAGGGCUUAACAUCCCUGGAAACACAGACAAUCAAGUUGGAUCAAAUGUGACUGCUGUUUUUGUUGAUCAAUUACCAGGACUUAACACUCUCGGUAUUUCUCUAGUUCGCAUUGACUACGCACCUGGUGGACAAAAUCCACCUCAUACUCACCCUCGGGCCUCUGAGAUCUUGGUAGUUGUCGAGGGAACUCUCCUUGUUGGUUUUGUUGCGUCCAACCAAAAUAACAACACAUUCUUUUUCAAAACCUUAUAUCCUGGGGACGUUUUUGUCUUUCCAAUUGGACAAAUUCACUUCCAGUUUAAUAUUGGAGAAAUAGAUGCUGUUGCUUUUGCUGGUUUGGGCAGCCAGAAUCCAGGUGUUAUCACAAUAGCCAACACAGUUUUUGGAUCAAAUCCACCCAUUGAUCCUGAAAUUCUUGCUAGGGCAUUCCAGUUGGACAUUAAUGUGGUAAAGAUGUUACAAAUAUUAUUCUAG